AUGUUAAAUAGCUCACUGUAUGCAGACGAUUUGUGUUAUGGAGGGGAAAGUGUAGAAUCAGCUUUCAGUCUUUCAUCAGAGGCGGUAUCUAUUUUGAGAGACGCGAGUUUUAAUUUGAGAAAGCUAAACACUAAUUCUAAAGAGCUGUAUGACUUGUGGGUUCAGGAAGGGUUGUGUGAAGAAAGUAGGUCUGAGACAGAUAGUAAGUUGAAAGUGUUAGGCUUGGUGUGGAACUUAGAAGAGGAUGGUUUGAGAGUAGACGUUACAUCAUUGUUGAGUAGUUUGGAAUCGUUGAGAAAUAGUAAAAGAUCGGUGUUAAGCACAGCAGUUAAGGUGUUUGACCCAGUCGGAUUUAUUUCUCCAUUUGUGGUGCGAGUUAAGAGACUGAUGCAGGAAAUAUGGGAGAGAGGUUUGGAGUGGGAUGCAGAGUUGCCAAAGGAGUUACGGUGCAAAUGGAUAAAGUGGUGCGCUGAAAUUGAGGAAUUAAACGCGUUGAAAAUAGAGAGGUACUACUUUACAGAAGUUCUAAAAAAAGGUCAAUCGGUUGAAAUUCAUAUUUUCAGUGAUGCGUCAGUAGUGGCAUAUGGAGCGGUGGCAUAUUUUAGAUAUAAGAAUGAGAGAGGAGAGGAUUUGGUAGGUAGGUUAGUUCUGUGGACGGACUCCGAAAUUUGCUUGUGGUGGAUAAAGGGGUCAGCGCGUGAGUGGAAGCAGUUCGUGUCGAAUAGAGUUGCAGAAAUACAAGACUGUACCUCGCCUGAUAAGUGGAAAUAUUGUCCAGGGUCGGAAAACCCAGCAGAUAAAUUAACUCGUGGUGGUGAAACAGCAAAUGCAUUGGUGAAAGAUAAUAACUGGUGGCAUGGUCCAUCAUGGUUGAAAGAUUCUGAAGAUCAAUGGCCUGAGCAGAAGUUUAAAGUAGAAACUGAUUCUCAAAAUUUAGAACGUUUAAGCACUUAUGUUCAAGUGACUAUUCCAGAAGAAGAAAAUGCGUUAGACAUUACCAAAUUCAGCAGUCUAGAAAAAUUGUUGAGAGUUACAGCUUGGGUAAAGCGGUUUGUCGCUAAGCUAAGAAAACGUGCCUGUGAAGAAGGUCCUCUUACUGUAUUGGAGAUCCAAGAAGCUGAGGAGUACUGGAUAAAACAAGUACAGAGAGCGAAUUACUUUUCUGAUAUUCAACAACUAGAGAGGAAUAAUCUAAUAACACCAGAUUCUAAGCUUUACAGUUUAGCACCAUAUCUGGACAGUAGAGGUAUUUUGCGUGUCAGAGGUCGUUUGGAACAAUCAGAAUUAAUAGAUGACGAAAAACAUCCCAUUAUUCUGCCCAAAACGAAGUUCACCGAACUAGUGAUAUUUAGUGAACACAUAAAAGUAUUCCAUUCAGGAGUCAUGGCAACAUUGUCCAAAGUCAGGAAUAAAUUUUGGAUACCUAAAGGAAGACAAGUAGUAAAGAAAGUUAUUAACGCUUGCCUGGUGUGUAAAAAGUUUGCAGUGAAGCCCGCCAAACAGUUAACGGGUCAGUUACCCAGAGAUCGUGUAGUUCAAAGUAAUCCUUUCACAAUUGUAACAGUUGUAGGCAUCGACUUAACGGGAGCAGUUAUUAUUAGAGAAAAAGCGGAUAACCACAAAAAGGUAUACAUAGCCUUAUUUACAUGCGCCGUCACUCGUGCUGUACACAUUGAAGUGGUUUCAGAUAUGUCAGCAAAAAGUUUCAUUUUUUCAUUACGACGUUUUUUAGCAAGAAGAGGGAGCUGCAAAGUGAUUUAUUCAGAUAAUGCGAAGAAUUUCCGCAGCACAUGUGAAAUAAUUAAAGGAUUUAAGAGAAUCAAAGCAGAUCCAAGUGUGAGUGAUUUCUUGACAUCCAAAGAGGUAACAUGGAAAUUCAUACCUGAGCGUUCCCCAUGGUGGGGAGGGUUCUGGGAGCGUUUGAUGAGAAGCAUCAAGGAACCUCUGAAGAAAAUCUUAGGGAGAGCAUUACUGACUUUCGAAGAGCUCUCUACAAUAUUAACUGAACUCGAGUGUGUGCUAAAUAAUAGACCUCUAACAUACGAGAGCAACGAGCUGGGUGAACCUCGCCCGCUCACACCUUCACAGUUUUUAUUGCCAGGACGUGGUACAUUUAACUUUCCCGAGCAUUUCUUGGAAAUUUUUAACAAGGUAUCCGACAAAGAGACUAUAACCAGGAGGAAGCUUUACCAAUCUAAGCUCUUAAAAUUAACAUGGAUUAAGUGGAAAAAGCAAUAUUUACUCCAUCUUAGAAAUGCGCAUAACUUUGCUAAUCCUAAAACUGAGCGGAACCUUAAGACUGGAGACGUUGUGUUGGUAGAAGGACCAAAACAAUCCAAACUACUUUGGGACAUGGGUGUAAUUGAAAACGUGAUUAUAGGAAGAGAUGGACAUGUUCGAGCGUGCCUCGUUCGCAUGCCCAAAGGACAAUUCAGAAGAUCGAUCCAGAUGUUAUAUCCUUUCGAGAUUUAA